CCACUCAACAUCCCUGUUGGCUACACUGUCGCCGCCGCAAAUCAAACGCAAUCAUGGCGGCAUGUCGUCUGCUGUGCAGAUCCGUUUGCAACAUUAAGAAAACGAGUUUCGUCUUGCAAAACCAGUUAAACCACACAAUACGGUCUGCCCGUUGCAUACAGCGCUCAUCUAGGGACGGCACUGAGGCCUUUGACGACAGCGGCGUUUAUUCGCAGACGUCCCUGCUCGAAAAAUACUUGAGUGCCAAGCAAGCGUGCGAGGCUUUGCCAACGCCGGAAGUGAACCCCUUCGGCGUAUUCGCGAAUAAUGAGCUGGACAUAUCGCAGAUCGAAGUGUAUGGCUUCGACUAUGAUUACACACUGGCCGUGUACACUGAGAAGCUGCACUACCUCAUUUAUGACCUUGGCAGAGAUUGGCUGAUAAACAAGUUCAAGUAUCCAAAAGAUAUUGCACAACUGGAGUACAGGCCCGGCUUUGCAAUCCGAGGCCUUCAAUAUGACAUGAAAAAGGGCAUACUUAUGAAGAUGGAUCUCUUUCAUCAGAUACAGUUCUGCAGCGUUUACAGAGGCCUCACACCACUCAGCAAAGAAGAAGUAAUCAACACCUAUGGGGGAUCAUAUAUUCCCCAGUACAUGAUAAGAGGCAACGCUGAACAGGGAGCACGAAUGAAGCAGCUGAACGACCUCUUUUCUGUUCCUGAAAUCUGCCUCCUGUCGAACGUGACCGAGUACUUCGAGCGACACAACAUUGCCUACAAUCCAGAGAUUCUUUUCUUUGACAUUCAAAAUGCCAUUUCAAGCAUUCAUCCGGUGAUUCACAACACCCUCAAUGAGAGCAACAUCAGUGACUACCUAGAGAAGCGUAGUGAACUGGUAACGUUCCUAGAGCGAUUGAAAUCGGCUGAUAAGCAGAUGUUCCUGGUGACCAACAGUCCAUUCAAAUUCGUAGACGUUGGCAUGCGAUACAUGAUUGGACCUGAAUGGCAAGAUCUCUUCGAUGUAGUCAUUGUCCAGGCAAGGAAGCCAAAGUUUUUCACCGAUCAACACAGACCGUUCCGUGUGUAUGACCCUGAAACAAAAAGUCAGCUCUGGGAGCGCGUCACCAAACUGGAGAAGAACAAAGUCUACAUUGAGGGCACAGUCACCCAGCUGCAGGCCAUGACUGGUUGGUGUGGAAACAGUGUGCUGUACUUUGGAGACCAAAUUUACAGUGACCUCGCUGACCUCACGCUCAAUUAUGGUUGGAGAACAGGAGCCAUUAUUUGGGAGCUGGCUAACGAAAUUAAGAUCCUGAACUCUGAAGAAUUUAGACACACUGUCAGUUGGCUUCAGUCUCUGCAGCACUUGAUUGAAGAGAUGCAGGACCAUGAGGACAUUGAGGACUUCAUCGAACAACUCCUGCAGGAACGAGAUCAACUGAGAAAAACCACCAAGUCUCUCUUCAACGCCAACUUCGGGAGCAUCUUCCGCACGCACCACAACCCGACAUACUUUUCCCGGCGUCUCUUCCGCUACUCGGACAUCUACAUGUCGCACGUCACCAACCUGCUCAACUAUUCGCUGCGGCACACCUUCUACCCGCGUCGUGGAGCGCUCCCUCACGAAUGCCACACCCCCCACAGCUAAGUUCCUUGUCACUGGGCUUACUUCGGUUACGUGGUGGAGCAGUGUGCCACUCAGUUCUCCCGGCACUGGCUGUAUUUUUGUCUGGGGCUCCCUCACAUACUUAAGAUGGUUAAUUCUGUGCAGACAACUCCAAUUUAUUCUGAUAGGCUGAACAUCUGGGCCGAAUGAUACUAGCAGGUGAAGAUUUAUGACCUGUAGAAUCAAAGUAUAUAAAGGUACAAAGCAGGUAAUGCAUGUAAAUGAAGUGGACAGGCUUGAACUUCGCUGCAGUAGCUAAGCGAAGAAAGUGUAUUCAUUAAGUAAAGAAUUGAAAGAUGUAGCAGACAUGGAGAAAACAAUGCUCGUAAGAAUAAUGCUUGCGUUAAUGUCAUGGCAGAAAAUGUGUAUGAUUCCAGAAAAGAAGUGUUCCACUUUGGUCGUGUUUAGUAACACUGCGACUGGGAUGCAAUAUCCUUGAAUACACUUUGUACAUUUAUAAUUAAAAUAGACUCAUGGCACAUUAUCAUCCUGAAAGAAUAGCUGUGCUGCUGCCUGUGAUGGCCUUGAUAUGUUCUGUUAUCUGGUUGUUGACAGAACCGAAAUGAUGAUUGUUGCUGGUUUAUAUCAUUGGUUAGACUACAACGAAAAAUGUAUUUGGGCUGUUCUCAAGUGGAGCAUUACACUAAUCAUGAAGAAACAUAGCAUUCCCAAUGAUGUCCAUUUUUCUGGCAGUUACAAGCAAAGAGAGGCACCCUUGGGAUAUAAACACGACAAUCCAGCAGUGGUUGCAUACAACAAAAACAAAGUACAGUGGCUUUAUGAAAACCGGAGAAGGGUGCCAUGAUUCCACUUGUCUAGUGGCAUUCAUUGUUCAGCAAAUGAGACUGCAGUGUUGAGACUCUCCAUUCCGAAAUAGUCAUCUUGGCAUGCUGUGUCUGCAAAGAUAGAUAUGAAAGAUAAAGCUGUGUUGAUCUUGCAACAACAUUUGUGGAACAGCCUGUCUUGUUCCUAUACUCCCUUGCUCCUAUACUCCCUUGUUAUUUUGAGCUUAUUGCCACUCUGUAGUGCCAUGUCUUAGUCUAUUCACAUGAAUCCUUUUAAGCUGAUUAGUGAUAUACCACAGCCAUAGUAUCAGUUUAAUGUGGUACUAAUGUUUUAUUAACUUACACUGGGCCAAGAGGCAGUGUAAAAGCAAGCUGCUACAGAGUCUGCUCGAGAGAAUCACAGCGUUGGUGGAACUUGAGAUUUUCUGCUUUCCGAUAAUUGCGACCUCAUUAGUACAAUCUAUGUUGCACAAUCACCGGUUGCUUCCCUAAACAAGACACUCAGCAGUGUUUUAGUAUGAUAGGAAGAGGAUGUGGCACUUUUGCGUAAACUUUUUUCCAAAUUUGGCAUGUGUUAAUUAAGUGCUGCAAUACUUGCUCCUUUUUUGAAGCAUCCUCUAUUUAGCAAUAUUGAAAAAGAAGUGAAUGCUCUGGUUAUCAUUUAGAUGCCCUGAUCACCUUAUUUCUUCUUGUCUGCCCUGUACUGCACUAACAUCACAGUACAUGUAUUUUGACUACGUUGUUAAAUGGUGGAGAACAUGCUCAGGGAUCUGGAGAGAGUUACUCAAGGAGGAAUAUCACUCCAAUUGUCAUUCUUUACUUACUUACCAAAUGUAUUUUCCACUUACUUGUCCAUGAAGGGUUUGCAGUGUCUGUAAGUUCAAGCAAGUGCAUCAGUACUAUGUCUUGCUCUGUUUGAUCACCCAUGCUCUUUGCAUAAUACAUUUCCAUUGAAUCCUUCUUCCAGCCAUUAAUAGAGGCUGGUUGUUGAGAAUACUCUUAGUAGUGAAAUGUUUAAGGCCCAUGUUCAUGUCUUAUCAGCAGUGUCAGCAGAGAUGGGUAAAUUGAGGAGAGCAAAAUGCAACCAGUCAGGCAGCCAUUAAUAGAGGCUGGUUGUUGAGAGUACUCUUAGUAGUGAAAUGUCUAAGGCCCAUGUUCAUGUCUUAUCAGCAGUGUCAGCAGAGAUGGGUAAAUUGAGGAGAGCAAAAUGCAACCAGUCAAGAUGAAUUGAGUGCACCCGGUGAGCGAAUGUGCACUGUUAAGAUGAGAAAGACGAUAUGACCGAGGAUGUGUGUGCAUCAAGUUACACAGAAACAUGCAGCUUACAGAAAUAUUUUACUUAUGGUUUUUCACUUUGUCAGGGUAAAUAUGUUUAGUGUUUUUGUGCCAUGGAAUGGGAAAGACAAGUGCAGUUCAGUGCAUAUGAGCUGUAGUUGUUUUAUGUUGUUGUUAACAGGGCAUGCAUGCUAUUCCUUAGUACUAAGGACUAAUUUUAAUGUUGCGGUGUCUUUAAAGUUAUACAUUUGUCUUUUGUUUUGUAUUAUUCAUUGGCCUAUAUUUUGCUGCGCAUGCAUUUUUGUAUAGCUUUCUUAGGGUAAGUUCUUUUUUUUUCUUUUUGUUGUUGUUGUUGUUCCGUACAUUUAUAGUAUUUUUGCAAGGACAUUUGCGCAGAUGUAAUCUCAUUAAGUUUUCUCUUGCUGUUUGACAAACUGCUGUAUUUUUUUCUUCCUUUUUUUUAUUUUUUACGUAGCUUUUCUUUGUAAUCCUUGCAUCUUUCAUCACGAGAAGAACUGCAACAAGCUGCUUUGUGCUCUGGAAUGUAAAGUAAUUUUAACAGGUAGUUUUGGAGCCAUGUAGCAAUUAGCCACAACCAUUCAUUGAUGUUUGUAAGAGGGUAAUUGCUGAUACGUGUCGUUAUGCUUGUCAUUUGAACUGUUUUAGCCAUUUGUUCUUGUCCUUACACUUUAUUUUGCCCUUUUAAUCCCAUUUUGGCACUGAGGGCACAAGUUUAGGUUUUCUUUUUCUAGUUGCGUUUGCAGAAGAGUUCAUGUGGUUGUGUAAACUAAUAAAUGGUUGCGCUAGAAUUGAGUGAUGCUGUGAAGAGUCUAGCUUAAGAAGGAAAAAAAAACACAGCCGGUGCCGGUGUGCUUGCGCAUCUUACCUACUACAGCACAUGCACUGUUUCGGUCUGUGGCCUGUUCCUAGAUAUGGCUGCUGCUCGAUUUGAUAGACGUCUAACAAGUGUUGGGAUAUGCAAACGCUGGAGGGCUUUCACUGUACAGACUUUGUUUGAUUCUGUAUGCGUUGAAAUUAACGUUUCCGGUGCUUGUUAUUGUGUGCUGCCUUCUGCCGAAUGACAUAUACUGGUCCUUUAGGGAACUCAUCAGCCCUGUAAGAGUAUUGUCGUAGUCCUGGUGGGCACAUUGUGCAGCAUAGCAUUUGCACUAUCAACUCAUGUAAAACAAUUUGCACUAUCAACUCAUGUAAAACAAUAUUUCUAGUGGAAAAGAUUGCAUGAUCUAGUUUUCUAGUUGCUUUCAUUAGAUAAAAGUGAUACAGUUCAAAUAAUGUGCAUUGCACCACGAGGUAGAGCCAAAUCAAAAUGCACAAGAGAUUGAGUUCUUUGUAUCAGCAAAUUAGUCAUUGCAUCGCUGCCAUUUAUGUUUAGUUGGCUUAGUUAUCUCGUGAAGGUAUGCUGCAUCUUAGGCAUCAUUCUGGUGCAGUUAACAUGUGUACUUUGGUUAACCCUGUAAGCAUUUGUGCAUAAUGAACAAUGUGUACCUGUUGCUGUCUGUUUAAUUCAUUAGAAUCGCCAUUUUUCUGCCGCUCUGUUUCCUUGAGCUUAAUGACACACCUUCUGAUAAUGCCCCGUUAAUUUGUUGUAGACGUUAGAUUUUUUUUUUCUGUGAGCAGUGAAAAGUUGCGGUUCUAUUAAAUAAAACCUCUUGUCUAUGAACAAACAGGUGUAUAUAUUCUUGCGUCCACAUUCUGUCAUUGAUGUUUGUCUUGUCCUCACUGUUUUGGUAUGAACAUACUUUCUUUGAAGUAUGUGGAAGUACAGAAAGUUUUCUGAGGUAUCUUGUUAGAUGACUGAGUUCACCUGGUGAGUGUUUGUGUAUACCUAGCGACAUGUAUUGUUUCUAUGUAGCUUCCUGAUGAUAGUGAAGCUUUGCAAGUAAUUGUGAAUAAACAGUGGUGAAUACUGUGA